AGCAAACCGGUCUAUUUGUGCACAAACUAUCCCUUUUUGAGUUUUUCCCCAAAAUUUACACACGUUUGUUUCGAAAAUUCCACCCCCUUUUAUCAUCCACCACCGUUCCAAUUUUCCCCAAUAAUUCAAUUUCCAGUGCAAUGGAUUCCACAAUCGAGUAAUCAAAUUCGGCUUACAGGAAUGACUUGUGCAGCACAACCGAUAAAGACAGAGUUAAGAGAAUCGUUAAAUUGUAAAUGUGGAAUCCAGAAGAAAUUUUCGAAGACAUUUAAAACACAUUUGAUAUAGUCAAUAGCUGAGGAAAAUAGACGAUAUGAAGACCUUAAGUAGAUGCAGGAACAAUAUUGAAGCGGAUAACGUAGUUUUGAUUGACGUUGAUACUUACGAUUACAAUAACGUUAUUAUACUUGACAUACCCGAAAGUCAUACAAAGAAACAAGGAGGAGGUUCGAAUGACAAGAGUCACAAGACUCGGCCGAGGACAUAUAUUUACAUAGAUGACGACGACGACGAUGGUGAUGAAAGCCCUUGCGACCAUAAUGCCGGUGCGGAUGUAAAUGGUGAAAGAAAUUUCGAAAACGGUGCUUCGUCUAGCAGAAGAUACGGUUCGGAAAAUCCCUCUCCGGUAAAGCUAUCGAAGGGCAAAAGAACGUAUUCCGGAAGAGGUUUUAAAACACAAUCGGAUAGCGAUUCGUCGGAUGAUGACGGUCCGGAUUGCGAGUUUAUGGAGGAUUUUUCGGGAAAGCUACGAGAGGAGUGGGAAAGAGCGUCGUUGAAGAGAAAAGGCGUUGUACAGAAUGAUCAUGUGAAUUCUUCUAUGCCGUACGCCGACAUGCGUAGUGAGGUUGGAGUGGAUAAAACCACGCAACAUGAUCAAGGUUCUAACGUUAAUGGAGAUGUUGAUGGUGGUAAGGAUGAUUUACCGCUUGGUGAGACGCCUGAAACUAGUAGUGAAGAGGAGAAUGAAAAAAAUGAUUUGGAAAUUGCGGCCACCGUUAAUGAUGAGGAUGAUGUCGCUGUUGAGAAUUCGAUUAUUGGUGAACGUGAAAAGCUUAAAGAGACUGAUGAAUAUAAACGGGCACUAGAAGAAGAAUUGUUAGCCAGACAAGAAGCCUUACAAAGACAGGCAGAGGAAGCUCAACAGUUGCGUCGUUUGCUGAAAAGAAAAAAGGCUGAAGGCUUACGUUUAUUAGACAUGGAGAGAAGACAGAAGCAACGUGUCGAAGAAAUCAGGGAAAGUCAAAAAAAGGAUGAAGAAAAUAUGAAUUUGAAGGAACAAUACCGCACGGAAGUCAUACAGGAUCUUAAAAGGCUGGAAAUUACUUGUCUUGAUAUGGCUUCGUUGUUGCGUGGUUUAGGAAUCCAAGUUGGUAACGGUCCUGUUGUCUUUCCGAAUGAGGUGCGUGUGGCUUAUAAGCGAGCAUUACUGAGCUUCCACCCAGAUCGAGCUUCAGGGUCAGAUAUGCGACAGCAGGUCGAGGCUGAGGAAAAGUUUAAGCUUAUUUCUCGGAUGAAGGAGAAAUUUUCAUUAUGAUGUGUUUGUAAAGUUUAAGCUUUUAUUUCUUCACAAAUCGACUAGAUCCUUUGUUUUUUUUUUAUUUAGAUUACAUGCUUUUUGUAUAAUGCAUUGGUCUACAAUACUUCAAUGCGUUACAAAGUACUUGCUUGAGUUUAAACAUGUCGUACUUUGUUUUACCAAAUCGUACCGAUUUGUCAUGUACACGUAUUGGUGUUAAGGUUUAUAUAUUACUAGGUUAUGUAUUUCUUUC